CUUCCUGUCAAGUGAAGCGAAGGUUCCGUAUUCAUCACUAUAUACUUCAGUUCAACAAAUGCUUCAGAGGAUGCCUGAGUUCUCAAAGGACACCAUGAAGAUUACUCUUUACACACUUGUCUUCCUCUUUUCUCUACCAUGGAGUCUAAACGGCCAUUUAACAACCAGCCUUAAGAAUACUGAGGUAACAAACACAGCAGAAAAUACAUCAAGGCAGAGGGACUACACGAUUGAUUCUGGAACAAAAAACGUGGUUUCACUUUCAAGAAGCGUUCAGAUGCAACACAUCACGAGUCAGCCAGAGCAGCAAGGUAUCAGGCUGAGGGCAACAAAUGGUGAAGACGAGACAUCAAGGACAAAGAGGAAUGUAAAUGAUGAUACACACAACUUGACUACUGCGUCAACACAACUUGACGAGAAAAUUCUACCAAAGGGACUACUAAAACCAAUAGAAAGUUCCCACAGACCACAUACUAUAUAUCUUUCGCAGACAGAGAAUGCUACACAAUUUAAUGUCUCUACUAAACCACCCAAUGUCACAAGGGCAGAUGUUUCACCAAAAGAAAAGACAAGCAGUGGUCUUUCUGAGACACAGAAUGGCACACAGGAAACACCUACUUCUCUUUUCUCUGGACUCUAUGAUGUGCAAGCAAAUAAAAAAGUUACGGAAAGCGUCAAAAACAAUACAAGUAAAGAUCUUCAAACAGUCCAGCCCCUGAUGAAAACUACAUACCAACCAAGCCCAGUGACUCAUCCCCACACUUCUGCUAUAACAACUGUGUCAGAUUUCAAUGGGACAGUAAGCAACAGUGGUGUAAAAACCACAGAGAGGAAAGUCACAGAUAAGUGGACAAGUACUCAAGAACCUGAGCCUGAGACUUCAUCUGUGACUAAGCCAACAAAGAUGUUGACCACCACUAAAAAGGCCACCACAAAGCGAAGUCCACCUCCAUCAAAAGACAAACAGCAAGCGAACCCAGGUCCUGCUGUAGCAGCCGUGAUUGGCACCACGUUUGUUUUGAUGUUCAUAGCCAUAAUCUUUAUCUUGAUAAGGAAACGUAAAAUACAACAAAGGCAGCUUGAAAAUCCUGAGUGGGCCGGACCAUCACCAUUUCUGGAUGGCGAUGUUCAACCGAACUUGCCAAACGUGGAUGAAUCUGAGACCAUCAAUAGACAAGGCUUCAACCAGAUGUCCAUUUCCAGAUACCUCUCUCAACGGCUCUCGAAACACCUGACAUUGGGGAGGAACACAAGUGAGGAAGUUCUCAUGGGGGACAUCCUGCAAGGAAGCACGUUUGGCAGAAAAAAUCCGGAUGAGGUCCAAACCCCUAAUGGGAAACCGACAACUAAAGGCUCAACUGAGAGAAAAGAUAACAAAAUCCAGGAAGUUCAAGCAUCUGUGGACUCUUCUGACUCCAAAACACCUGUGCCAGGAAGUGCACACGAACCUGUGACGGAGAACAAAGAAUCCAAGCAGACUGAUGACCUCACUCCAUCUUUGUCUUCUGGACCGCGUACUGUAAUUAAACUUCCUCCACCUUUAGUGUCUAUAGAUCUUGAUUCACUUUCAGAAGACGCAGCUCCUUUGCAAACAUCAGAUGGUGGCACUGUUCCACCUGCUCCACCUCUGCCCUAAUCUCAUGAGAAAUCUAAAAACCACUAAAAAAGACAAACACCACACUCAUAUUUGCUUUCUAAAAGUCCAACAAAGUAUGCAAACACAACUGCAUGCAACCUUGACUUAUAGAAACAUUUUUAAAAAAGGACAUAAGAAGUCGUGUUUUUUUUUUUAAUUAGCCAAUAGGCUUUAAUUAUUAUGUUAAUCAUGAUUUGCUCCUUCUCAACAAUCUUGAGAGAACCUGAUUGGACAAAAAGCUGUGCAGUCCAGAAUGAAUCAUGCAUAUUCUUGGUCGGGGUGUGCAAUCCUGCUCCUGAAGGGCCAAUGUCCUGCAGAAAUUAGCUUCAAACAGCUCAAACACACUUUCCCGGAAGUUUCUAGUGAGUCUAAAGACCUUGAUCAACUGCUUCACGUGUGUUUAAUUAAGAGAUUCAUUGUGCAGGACAGUGGUUCUCCAGGAACAAGUUUGGACACCACUCUUUUUGGUCAAUUUUCAUAGAGGACAGAGCCUGUACAUUUUAAAACUGCAUAUCUGCUUAAGGUUAGUUUAAGUGCACCAGCAUAUAGCGGUUUCGAAGCCAAUAACUAAAAAAUACAAAGCAAUUUUGAUUUUGUUCGGUCUUUAAAAUGUCAAUGCAACUAAUUUAUGUACUUUAAUAAGCAACAUCUAUAAGCUAAAUAUAUGGCUAGCUCAGGCAUAAAAAACACAGAAUGUCCAGUCUUUAGCUGCUUUUCCAUCGAAAUUACCUGGAACAAUAUGUCCAAGGAAUUAUUUUUCCCAGGAACUUUUUUCCCCCAGAUCUGUUGCUGUCUGCAUUUCCAUUGCAGUCUAAAGUACAGAGAAGAUUAGGCAAAUAGUCUGGUGAUUUAUGUCUGUGUGCAUUUCUAAAUAGAUUACCUGUUAGAUUUACCCAAAUCUAACUCUAUUUAUAUCCUGGUUCCUGCUGUGGAAACACAACGAGUACCGGCCAAAGGUCCCUAGUUCCUGGGGAAAGUUCCUGCGGUGGAAAUGUGGCUUUUAUUCUCAUGCACUUGUUUCAUGCAUUUGUUCUAAUACAUUUGAGGAAUGUAGCCACAAUACCCAGUUUGUAAAUGAAUUACUGCAUUGCUAUAGCCACUGGGAGCAUGUGUGAGCUUCAAACUGAGAGGAACUGUCAGACAAACAGACCCAAUAUAGAGGUGGAAUUAUGAUAUCACUUUCUAGGCAAAGACCCGGAAGUUAGCAUUUUAGCACUUCCGGUUCAAUCAUCCCAGAGUCAAUGUUUUUUUUAAUUUUUUUAUGGGAUUUUGGUUAAAUAAUGUCCAAGACUUUACAGACUUUCACGUUUUAUUAUAUGACAUAAAACACACCAGUUAGCCCCACUCGUGAUUUUUUAAACUGUUCCGUUUCUUGAAAGAGACUGUUGCUAGCAAGUUGCUAAAUGGGACUACAGGCGCUGGCGGAGACAUUUAACGUCAUCACGCAGAACAGUUUCUCUAUUUUCCAGUUUUCCAAUGUGUAAUAGAAUUAAUUGUAGAAUAACCAAUUAAUAGUUUCCCGCAUUUUUAUAUUGUUGGUCGACAAUGUUUUCUUUUUUAUUUGCCCUGAAAUGCAACAAAAGUCUUCAAAUGGAAGAUGCUUGUUUAAUCGCUUUCCUACUGAUGAAGAGACUCAGGUUCGUAAGGUAAACUAUUACGAUUAUUCCAUGUAAACACCACAUUUACUGGCUUAGUCAUGGUGAAAGUGAAACUUUAACGAUGCAUAGUGCUUAAAGCCAGGUCAAAUUUAAAUGUUUACAGCCACAUGAACCUGUUACAGAGCAAAUAGAUUGAGGAUUCUCUAGAAGCAAGGAAAGCUGAAACGUGGUACUUUAUUCACAAAUAUAAUUUGAAUCUUACCCUUUCCAAAAUCAAUAAAUUCAAUUCAAGUUUAUUUAUAUAGUGUUUUUUACAAUACAAAUCAUUGAAAGGCAUUGUUUUCUACAAUAUAUAGUAGUAGCUUAAAAAGCUGCUCACUCUGCUGUUAAUAGAUUAAAAGCAAUAGAAUUUUAUUGAAUAGUUCGUGGAGACACGUUUUUAAUUAAAAGGUUCAUGUUGCAUGGAUUAAAACUUAUAUACAGAGUAAAUCCUUUUCACUGAACACUUAAAUUUUUUUUAUACAUUUGUGAGAAGUAUGGUGGUGGUUGUGGUGACUGCGAAGACGAGCGACCAUGGAGGUGUAGUUCGUUUAUAGCCUAAAGAGCUGUUCACACCAAGCAAGAUAACUAUAAAGAUAACGAUAAAGAUGUAGUUCUAAAAAUCGUUCUCAAUAUUAAAGAAUAGCGGAGUCCACACCACAACUAUAACGAUAAAGGCACAGAGAAACGAUAUCGUUGGAAUCACUUUCAGAGCGAUUUUUUUUUCUGAUGAACGAUAAAAACAUUGCCAACCAAUCAGAAUCAAUCCUGCUGUAAUGAGCUCGUGAAUUUAAAGCAGCAGACGCGCGUCCGCUUGGAAUAUACAAACAAUAAUGUUCGCUGGUGUGGACGCUAAUAUCGUUAUCUUUAUAGUUAUCUUUAUAGCUAUCGUUCUUGGGGUGAUAACUUGGUUUAGGUGCAUUUAUUUAGGCUUCAAAAUCUAUCAGUUAUAUAAGCUUGUGAAGAUUAUCUUGAUGGACAAUAUAUGUAAGUUUCAUUAACUAUGGUUGAACAGAGUUUAUUUUUUUGCGAUAAUCCAAAAGCCUAUGGGAAAAUCCUAUUAGGCUUUUUAUUGAGGGAUCCAGUGUCAUGCUAACAGCGAUCUGCCUACAAAGUGACAUCAUCGUGCCCCCACUCUAUUGCAGCUCACUCUAAAAAUAAAGUGUUGCAACAACACAGUCUUGCAUCCUUCUUCCUUCAGCUAUAAAACAAAAAUGGUAAACGUGAGUGGCAGAUCUGUAUGUUAAUAUUUUAUGCUAAUAUUAGAAUUCUAUGUUAAUAUACAAACAGAUACUCAUUACACAUUUACACUUCUAAAUUAAUGAUUCACAAACUUCAGUGGAAAUAUGCUGUUUAAACUUUCAUUUACAUUAAAAUCAUAUUUAGUCUUCAAUGAAUGAUUUGAGGAACCUUCAACUGAAAAUGAUUAUUCAACUGGUUCUCGGUUUCCAACCCUAGCACACUCUUUCUAGGGAUCACCAAAACUGAUGUAUUACUACUGAGAAAUGUAUGAAGUUAGCACAAGUAGUAUACUGUGCUUCUUCUGCAGAGAUGAAUGCAGGGCCUGCACACCACCUGCAGCAGAAGUGAAAGAGGAAAUAGCUGAGUCAAAUUGGGAAACAGACCACAAGACUAUUUCGACUUAUCUUUAACAAAACUCACUUUAUUCGUUGGGAUUGAGUCAGAGUUCAGUGGUUAAAUGAGCGCUUACCUUUAAACUACUAGUUUGUGGGAUGCCACCAAAAACAUUAUCAUCAUCCAAUUCAAACACCAUACAUUGGUAAAGCUACAGAACUUUUUUUGUUAGGGUUAUGAUAAGGUUUUUAUUUUCUGACAACAUCCAGUCUAAACUGGUACUAUUCACUGCUGCAGGCUUUCUAACUGAAUACUCAAACCCUCACAACACUUCAAUGUGCUGCUAUGCAGCUGUUCACACAUUCGAUUGGUGUUGCUAUGCUGCUUCGCUCCACGGCUAAAUUCAUACCUCAUUGGUUCUCAUAUUGUGCACUUGCAUAUUCAGAACACUAGGGGGAAACAGGUGGGAGUCAAAUGGACAGAUCACAGUAACACAGACCAUCCCAUCUUUAUAUCUAUAGAUGUAUAGCUACAUAGACAAAGAGUUGUAAUGAUACUACAUCAAACAGAGUAGAUUUCAUAUAAAAUACUCUAAACUAACUACACUAUAGGGGAUACAUCAACAAGAUGAAUGAAAUUAACCUGAGAAUUAACUCGGACCAAUUCUGAAAUCCUCAGGAAUGAUAUUUAAAAACCUCAAUCUAGAGCAAAACAGCAAAAACAGCUGGCACCUAAAUGGCACCUAUUUUAAACCACGUCGCCCUGUGUACUGCAUUUAGCUGUGUCACACACGUAUUAAUCCAGCAUCAGACGUUACCGUCGCAAUGGAGUUGGUGUUCAUUCAUCAAAGCAUUUGGCUGUGUGAGUAAUGGGAUAUUUAAAUACAGCAUGUACACAGACCAUAACAUGUUAAAGGAGAACAAAAUGUGCAAGUAUGGGAGAGACUGAGAGAGAAAAAUCAGGGAGGUGAUUUGUUAGUGUGUGCAGAUCUGGAAUAUAAAACACUGAAGUCAGCAUCCACCCCCCGCCCCCCAACUCAUCAGCAGCAGUAUGGGUCGACUCUGUACUGCAAUUUGCCACCUCCCCGUUCCCCACCAUCCGAUGAUCAUUUCAUCUCCCUCCCUUGGUCCCUCCUUUCUCUCUCGACCUCCUCUCACAGACAACCCUGAUGGAAGUGCUGCAAGCAGGCAGCCAAAACUAGCUGAGGCUACCCACGGGUGCAAACGCUUGGCAUGACCAUGCCUGGAAGAACGGAAAGGCAGGGAAAUGGCUAAGAGAGGCUCUAAACCAAAAGUAACUAUCGGCUGUCAGUGAGAGGAAAAUGAGGGGGUAGGGUAGUAGAAGGAGGAGCGAGAGCAAGAGCAAAUGCAGACAGAUGCAUGAGACAGUGAAAACAAAACGUGGACCCUGCUAUCACACACGACUGGGAAAACAUAAGACACCAAAAAAGGGGGAACAGCAAGAGAAGUCAGAACGGACAUAACGACAUGUUCACAAAGUAAUGGAAAGGACAGUCCACACCACACCUACCUCCAUGCCGACUAACCUGUUGCUCCUUCUUCUGUUCGGGGUGCGUGUGCUGGCCAUUUGCCCACCAAUUUGCAGCUGUAGCAGAGGCCAUAGAGUGGUGGACUGCUCUGCACGAGGGUUAGCUAUACUUCCUGAUAGCCUGCAGCACAACAUUCAUUUCCUCAACUUGUCACAUAACCGACUCAAAGAUCUUGACGAACUCCUCAACCAUUUUGACCACUUAAGAACUCUGGACAUCUCCUAUAAUCAUCUGCACCACCUUCCUGUUGGUCUGCCAAGAGCACUUUGGGAUAUACGUGCCUCUGGAAACUACAUCCGUCAAUUAGAGAAGAACGAUACGGCCUACCACUGGAACCUUCAGAAACUGGACUUGUCACAUAACUUGCUGGAACGUGUGGUCUUUAUUAACAAUACGUUGUCUAAUCUCCAAGCUCUCAACCUUAGUCAUAACAAAUUCUGGACUGUCCCAACGAACAUGCCCCACAAUUUGGAUACGGUGGACCUCUCUCACAACUACUUGCUGCAGAUCUUGCCUGGUUCGCUGGAUCGCCUCCCCAGGCUCGCGAGAUUCUACCUGCAUGCUAAUCGUUUUAACUCAUUAAGCGAUGGUGUCUUCAGUCGACUAUAUGGACUGCAGCUACUCACACUUGGAGACAACCCUUGGGCUUGCGAGGACGAGGAGAAUAUAAACCAUAUGCUGACUUGGAUGCAACAGACCCCUGCAAAAAUCUUGGGCUGUCCCUGCUACACCAGGCCCACAUGUGGAGAAGCUCACCUGGCCACUAGAAGAACCUGGCACUCAGCCGCAUUCACAGAGCCGCCGCUGGGUGCCGACGCUCGUCAUCCUGGCCACCGAGCACCAAUGCAGGCAGUUACAUCUGGGUACCUGUCCAAGUCAGCUCAGUUGAAUGUUGGUCAAUAUCCAAGUACUGUUAAUACCUCUGGGCCAGGUGAGCAGAUACUGAUUGGGGGUGGAGGACUUCUCACUUCAACUCCAUAUAGCCUGUCCACGCAGUCAAGCACAACAAUCCGAACACGCAGCACCAAAAAGGUCCUUCCAGACAUAGCUCGCAGCACAAGUCGUCAAAUCCACAUAUGCAGCUUUGAAACCACCAUUUUGGGCCUUUUAUGUCAAGUUCUUAUCGUCAGUGCUUGGUGAUUCUGCAUAAUCUCUUGAACUAGACCUGCUGCCUUGAGCAUGAAAACAAAAAAAACACUAAGAAUGAAAAACGAGAGACUUAUCUCUUAGGUUUCCAUUUUCAUUUUGUUGUGGCUACCUUCUUGAGUAUUUUUCAAUAUUUGCAAUCUCUGCCUGCUUCCAAUAAACCUACCAUCUUCUAAAUAAUGUGACGGAGUACUGUAUGGCUACACAUAUCAACAUCUAGACACAUAUACAAGUACACUACAAUUAGCAGUUACUUAAUGUGGAAAAUUGAAUGUUCUUUCCAGUGUUAUGCUUGAGCAUUGACAUUCAUUGUUUAAAUUGUGUAAUAAACUAAACACUUUAAUUGCGA